UCCAAACCACCACAGUGUUCCAUUCUAGGAAAUUGUUUCCUCUUCUUUUUGGCUUUGUUUGUUAAUUUUUUUUCUUCAUUUCAGUUCAUUCUGAUACCUCUUUGCUGGAUUUUGCAAACUAAUUACAGCUUUGAGAAAGUUUUUCUUUGAAUUCCUUUCUCGAUCUCUUCAGUUUUUCUUCGAAUUGGAUUUUGCAAACUAAUUACAGCUUUGAUAUCUGAUAUCUCUUUCUCUUUUUACUGGUUGAGCCACAUAAGCAUUAAUCCAUUCGAGCAGGGCAGUUUUUUAUGGGAAACUUACCUCGAGCAGGAGGUGAGUCGGCCGUUCUUUGCGGCGGUGAGCAGGGCAGUCUUCACGGCGAUUGCUGCUUGCGAGGGCGACUGGCGAGGGCGAUCUGCUUGCGGCGGCGAGCUGCUUGCGCCGACGGGACGGAAGCGCUGGCGAUGGUUGACGGCGCCGCUCUCCCUCUAUCCUUUCGUUUGUUCAGGUCGAAGAACUGGAGAAAGAAAAGGAAAGGUAGGGUUUUCAGUUUUGUUUGGCUGGCGGCUGACCAAUUCUAAUUUUUUUUUAGGGUUAAUUAAACGGCCGAACCGAGCGACCGGCUCGAGCGGUUAACCGCUUCGGCCGCUCGCCAGCCGCCGUAUUAAACCGUGGCGGCUAAAUAGCUGAUCCGAGCCGGUUUUGCGGCCGGAUGGCGGCUUUGGCGGUCCAGCCGGCCGGCUCGGUUCGGCUUUGACAGCACUGCAUAUAAGAAUGCUACCAUAAAAUCACACGAAUUAGAAAGAAAUAGUCAUCCCAAAUUAAUACUACUCGUUGGCUAAUUAAUAUUGUAGGAAUAAUUAAUUAAGUCAAAUUUGCAUGCCUCCACUCCACACCUCUGAAUUGAUGCUAGUCCAUUUUGGCAGUCUGUUAUUUGGUUGAGAGAUCCAUACAACAUGAUAUGAUAAAGCGUAUGGGUGCAA